AGUAGACUCUUUUUGAUUUGGGGCUUAAAUGUCAGUUCACCAUGAAGACCCAUCUUGUGCUGGCCAUUGCGCUGUGCUGGUUCCCUCUUUUAUCGUUGGCAGAUAAUGGCGAAAAAAUAAGCUCCGCAAACAUGUCAAGCUUUGAAAUUUUAAAAAAAUUGACGGAUGUUACCAAAAUGAAGUGUUACCUAUAUUGGAUGUCCAGACUUGUCAAGAAUUCAGGAAGUAUAGUUUUUGAGUUGUUAAAAUGUGGCAAACAAUAUGGCGGAAAAGCAAUUCGCGUAGUGACCGCCUUCAAAGACCUUGUCGCAGUAAUCAAGCCUAUUUUUGAAUCCUGUAAGGGUGUAAUCGUGGAUGCAAUCGUCGGUGGAGCAUCUUGUGUGAAAGCAUUUGCAGAAGCGGCAUUCUCUUUGGUGGGAUCAUUGACUAAGUUCAACAAGGAGAGGAGCAGUGAACCAAACAAUGAAUCCGGCUGCGUGAACACUGCUUUUAAGAAAUAUUUCGAAGCUUCAAGUGUUUACGAAGUCAUCGAUAGCUGUUCCCUUCCGGUUACAACAACAACUACUAAACCUGUUACAACUACCCAGCCUCCUACUGAUCGGCCAUUCUACAAAAAAAUAAUAUCUUUAUUUGACUAAAUAAUGCAUUCGAGGCUACCUGAUGAGAAGCUGUCAUUAAAAGAAUGCAUAAAGUAAAUAUACAUACAUAAGU